GUCGCGUGCUCGCCCCGCCGGCCGCCAUGAGGCACCUGCCGUACUUCUGCCGCGGGGAGGUGGUGAAGGGCUUCGGCAGGGGCUCCAAGGAGCUGGGCAUCCCCACCGCUAACUUUUCUGAGCAAGUAGUUGAAAGCUUUCCAUCUGAUAUCUCUACUGGUAUAUACUAUGGAUGGGCCUGUGUUGGAAAUGGAGAUGUGCAUAAAAUGGUUUUGAGCAUAGGAUGGAAUCCUUUCUAUAAGAAUAUUAAGAAAUCAGUGGAAACGCACAUUAUCCACACCUUCAAAGAAGACUUUUACGGAGAAAUUCUUAGUAUAGUCAUAACUGGAUAUAUUCGACCGGAAAAAAACUUUGAUUCCUUAGAGGCGCUCAUUUCAGCAAUUCAGGAAGACAUUGAAGAAGCAAAAAGACAGCUAGAUUUACCAGAACAUCUUAAACUCAAAGAUGAUAACUUCUUUCAUCUGCCAGAAGGCAAAAUAGUGAACAAUCACUGAGCAAACCCAUGCGGCUUUUUUUUUCUUGCCCUUUUUUUUUUUUUCUCCCCUGUCGUGGAGCUUUUAUAUUUGCACUGCUUUUAUAGGUACUUUGUUGUCAUAUGUCUGUUUAGGUAACUGAGGUUGGAACCAACCAUACAAGAUGAUUUCAGUUUCCUUGUGUUAAUUCAUCAUUAACCCAGUCACUCAAAAGGAGUAGAAGGCUGGUUUAGGUCCGUACAGAUAAAUUGUGUAUCCUAAAGUUACCAGUUGUUCAGACAUCUGAGCACAUGCAGAACAUGACCAAAGUUAAUUGUGACCUCUUCUGACCCUAAGGUAUGUGUAGUUCACUUAAGUGAAGAAUGUCUGUUUUUAACACACAGAAUGUUAUUCCAACCUCUUUUCCCAGUUUUAUGUCAUUCUUACAUCUGGAUUUUAGCUAGUAGCUUAGAAAGUUUUGCUGUUGAUUGAGUCCGAAAUUUCCUGUGGUGCAGGAAGCCAUUGAUUAGCUAACAAUAGCAAGAUUAAUUCUCUAUAGUUCUUAAUUUUUCUUACAUGCUACACAGCUGUCAUGGUUGAAGCUGUUAUUUUAGUUGAAAUUAUUUAUUUUAAGUUUAUUUGAAAAGGAGGAAGUCACUGUUGCUCAUUGAGUUACUGGAAUCUGAAAUACACUUCUUCAUAGUUGACUGUACAUAUGACAACAUAUGACCUGUGUAGUUUACUUCUGAGGAAUUGUUUCACUGAAAUUCAGGAAAUGAAUGACAGCGUGAAAGUUGUUAAAAUUUAAAGGUUCAGGCACAAAAGAUGCAGAAACAGUAUAACAAGACUUCUGCUCGUUGGGCCUUAAGGCAAAAGAGGUAAUGAAAGGCACCUUUGCAUUUUAUGUGCUGCUGGCAUUUGUCAUAGGAAAAUGAGGAGAACCUUGGGGUUAUUCACUGCACUGGCAAUAAAAUGGCUGACUUGAAGACUGACGUUAUUGUAAGGCAUAGAAAAAUCUCAUCAACUCUCUGCACCAAGUGCAGGUAAGAGCCAAGGUUUUGGCUGACCAAGUAGAUCAAUACACAAAUGAAAGCCUUUGGGGAUUCAUGGAAUAAUAUAUCAACUCUGUAGUGGGUAUUAGUUAUUUAUUACAAGUAAUUGCAGCUGGUCCUACUCUGAAAUGUAGGGAUAGAUAAAUGGAGUGGGUAUUUUCAGAAUUGAUAGUAAUUUGGAAAAUACUUCUUAAAGUGUGUAAUGUGUGAUUCCAGACCUAGUCUCUUUUUUCCUCUGAUAAUUUUUUCUGUCCCCUACUCAGUGAGUGGAACUAGGUAAGCUGCAGUGACUUUGUCAUGUUCAUAAUCUUUUGACGUCAGCUUGUGAUGUGGCUGGAACGUUUUCUGAAAUUCAGAAUGGCUCUGGGGAUAUGUCUCAACUGUAGUUCUGUGUCUGAACUACCAUGUACAAUUUGGAAUGCCCAAUUUCUGUAGUGCAAUUUUAUGAAUUUACUCCUUGUCCUAUCCUAUUUGAAUCCUACUUUUCACUCUAGGGUUUAAGAGAGUUUUAACAAGGUAGCCAUUUGGGUCUUUGUGGCAGGUGGUGUCAGGAUGUUAGUUCCACUUCGUAUUGUUUCAACUUUCAGCUAAUAUCAUGGGAUAUUAUUAGGGAAGAGGUCUUGAGCAAAUCCAGGACUCGUGUUUGCUCUGUAGGACUUCAGGAGAAACGUGAUUCCAUUUAAAUGAAUUAUUCACCAGUGCUGUUGACAGCAGAGACAGACGGACUACAGAAUUGCAUGGGGCAGUUAGCAGCAGUUAGAUAUACUUUCUUUUAAAGGAGAACAAAAUAAUUUAGUGGACUUCUACUAUAUAACGUGUUGGAAACUGUAUUUCUAAAAAGUCUGUAAAAGAAUUGUCUUGCAAGAGUGACAGUUGGAUAUUUUACAUUUUAAAAUGGAGGGAUGAAGGGAGAAAUUUUUUUUGCAAAGAUUUGAGGCAUUCUUGAGAUUAUAAUAAUAUAAAAAUCUUAUAUUUUACUUCUUUUUUUUUAAAGGAUAAACAAAAGCCACACUAGUCAACUGAAUAUAUUGUCAAGAAUGUAUUUAAAGAAUAGAUGGCUGUUCAUCAUGGUACUGUAGCUAAACACUCAUAGCCUUCCUUUAAAAUUGUUUUUUGCCAGUAGUUUCAUGUGUCUGUUGUGUAAACCAUGGUGCCUUAAGCUGAUUGUCUGAAUAAUACUUUUCUGUAUCUGCUAAUAAAUACUACUAUCAAAAAUUCAAUUCACGGUUUGAUUAUAGAACCACUGUGUGCUAUCAAUAGAGAACAAUGUUAAAGGGAAAACUUGAAAAACUGUUAGCUUGCUCUCAAAUCUUAGCUGAGGUGUGAUGUAUGGAUACACUAAACUAAUAAACUGCUCUUCCUGUGUUUGUCUUCAUAUUAGAGAAAAUGUUACUACAUUCAUUUGGCUGAGUGUACCUGUCCACAUUAUUUAAGAGAAAAUGUUAUAUAUCAACUGUUUAAACUCAAUACAUAAUUCUUAGCACAGUAUAAACUUUAUGAAGGGUUAUAUUUUUGUAUUAUGUACAAAUAACUGUAUUUAUUUCAGUUUAUGUUGCUGCACUGUACCAUUAAUAAAGGAACUGUAAUUGACAAAGUUA